CCUAGAGGAAGUGGUGUUGGGGUGGGGGGGCGUGAGGGGCCUACAAAGUAACCCCGUGAAUAUCUUGCGGGCGCUGGCGGGGCCGAGAUCUUAUUGUAAAAGCUACAGAAGCAAAGAACAAACCAUUUGAUAACGAACAAUGGAUGGAGAAGAGAAAACAUAUGGUGGGUGUGAAGGCCCUGAUGCUAUGUAUGUGAAGUUGAUAUCCUCAGAUGGUCAUGAGUUCAUCGUUAAACGAGAGCAUGCACUCACAUCAGGAACAAUAAAAGCGAUGUUGAGUGGUCCAGGACAGUUUGCGGAAAAUGAAACAAACGAAGUGAAUUUUAGAGAGAUUCCUUCCCAUGUCCUAUCCAAAGUAUGCAUGUAUUUCACCUACAAGGUUCGCUACACUAACAGCUCCACAGAGAUUCCUGAAUUUCCAAUUGCACCUGAAAUUGCACUGGAACUGCUGAUGGCUGCAAACUUCUUAGAUUGUUAAAUAAAAUAAAUUAUAAUAAAAAUGUAAACCUCCCCCCUGUAUUUAAUACACGUAGCUCAGUAAGUAAGUUUUUUUCAUAUAGAAUGUUCUGUACUUUUGGUUAAGAAACAUAAUGGUCACUACAGAGGCUGUUGCCCUCAGUGGCUUUGCAUAGGAAUCAUUUGUCCUCGGAUUUUGUGUUGCUGCUUACACAAGUUAUGGACUGACAAAUAAACAAACUUGCCAAUUAA